AUGCACGUUGGUGGAGGAAAAGAAAUGGUGUGCAACUUCGUUCUACUCCAGUUCCAGGGAUACUUUCCUUAUUACAGCGUCGUUUUAAAAAUGAUCCGGAAAGGGUUUAUAAAGCUGUCAGACAAAAAGAACGAUGGCAUUUUGAGGGAUAAAGUGCUGAGAGACAUAAUGAACCAACCGCUCGAGGGGCUUCAGAGAUCUCCUCCCGGGGCGCCUCGCUGCUGUUCCAGCGCCUGUCUGCGGCCGGGUGGGCCCCCGCGGGCGAUUGACGGCAGAGCCCCUUCGGUGCCUGAGCUGCCCGAACGGCUGGUGACGGCGGCGGCCGAGGAGAAGCACCCGCUGAGCAGCUUGGCCGCGGCGCACACCUUGGCCAGAGUCCUGCGGCCCUGCUACGGCCCCCAGGCGCGGCAGCUCCUGGUCACCGCCAAACGAGAAACCGUGGUCACAGGGUACGGCACGGCCAUCCUCUGGGUGCUGGAGCUGGAGCACCCUGCCGCCCGGCUGCUGCGGUUGGCGGCGCAGAGCGGCGACGGCGUGGCCUUCGUGGUGCCCCGGGCUCAGGCCCUGCUGGCGCAGGUCGAGCGCCUGCUGCGGGAGGCCUAGGCCGCGGUGGCCGCCGAGACGCUGGCCCUGCUGCCGUCCCUGGCCAUCCGGGCGCUGGGGCCUCUGGAGGACCCGUUCGGGGCCCUGCACUUGGUGACGAACACGCACAGGCUGUAGCUGACUGACGGCUUGACCAAGAUGGUGGCGCAUGCGUGCUGGGCCACCCGGGAGCCUGACGGCGGCUUCCAGCCGGAGCGCGUGCGCGUGUGCGCGCUGCCCGGGGCGCGGCUGGAGGACUCGUGCCUGCUCCCCGGCCUGGCCCUGCCGGGCAAGCCCUGCGGCCAGGUGGCCAUGGUGAUGAGCGGCACCAGGGUGGCUCUGAUGGCCUGCGCCUUCGGCCCGCCAGCCCUUGCCCUGGCCACGGCUCGUCUCUCUAGUCCUGACGACCUGACCGAGUUCAGGAAGGGCAGCGAAAGGCUGAUAGAAAAGCAGGUUGCCCAGCUGGCAGCCGCGGCUAUUAACGUGGUGGUGGUUUGGGGGGAAAUUGACGAGGAGACCCUAACGCAUGCUGACAGGUGCGGCCUCAUGGUGAUUCAGGUGAAGUCCCGGCGGGAGAUUGUGUACCUGAGCGAGGUGUUUGUCGCACCUGUGAUGCCUUAUCUGCUUCCUCCACUGGCGCCAAGGAAGUGUCGGAGGGUGUACGGGCAGGAGCUGGGAGAAGGUUUGGCUGUGGUAAUUGAGUGGGAAACUCCAGGCACCCCUGCCCUCACCGUGGUGCUCAGGGAGGCCACCGCUGAAGGGCUACGGGGUGCAGAGUAGGCUGCCUACCAGGGCAUUGAUGCCUGUUUCCAGUUAUGCCAGGAUCCCAUACUGCUUCCAGGAGCUGGGGCCACAGAGAUGGCUCUGGCGAAAAUGCUCUCAGAGAAAGGAACCAAACUGGAAGGGCCCAGUGGUCCCACCUUCCUGGCAUUUGCCCAGGCCCUGCAGUCUCUUCCUGAAACCCUGGCAGAGAAGGCAGGCUUAGCCGUCUCAGACGUGAUGGCAGAAAUGAACGGAGCUCACCAAGCUGGGAACUUCCUGAUAGGAGUGGAGGUCGAAGGGAUAAUAAAUGCGGCCCAGGAAGAGGUGUGGGACACCCUAAUAGCCAAAGCCCAAGGACUUCGAGCCGUGCCUGACGUGGUACUCCAGCUCCUGACUGGCCAUGACAUUGUAGUAGCCAAGAAAAGUCCCACACCUCACCAGGACCUGAAACCUGAACCUAAGAAGGCAAAGGAUCGCCCAUACCCCGUGAAAAAAAGGCGUCCUUGGAACAAAUAA